AUGGUUUCACGCUCUCUCCGGGCAGCGUGCGCUCAUCCAGACUCCUUGUUUGCGCUUCCGCAAGAUGACCUCCUACGCAUGGUCUAUCAAGAGUUCACAAAAGACCUUGAUCGACUCAAACGAGCAUAUUCCAUUCGAUCCUGCCAACAAAUAACUUUCACUACACAGUCGCCCUCCUACAUCCUGUACCAAGCAGAUUAUGACGAGGUUAACCGAACGUUAGUGGGGUUCCUCGCCCUGCGCUGGAUUCACCUCGGAGAAUACGAGAAUUUUGUCGGCUCACAGCCACCAGAUGUUCGAUUGAACAGAGAAUCAUUCGAAUGGAUUCAGAAAUUCUAUAAUAAAGUCAUUGUGGACGCUGAUGCGCUUUAUACACUGAUUACAUCCAUCGUCAUUAAUGAUCUGGGCAAGGAUCCACAACUUGCAUCCGACUAUCAAAACAUUACUGGUAUCGACAUUGCAGAUCUGAAUCAUGAUGCAAUCCUUCUAAAAGCUUUCACGGUCGGACUAGUUCGGUCAUUGGAGAAGCUACCAGUUCACUACAAGGACGAUCUCGUCCGUGGCAUUGAGCUGGGGGCGACAUUCAAUUUUGGUCAGCUGGCCCAGGCCGAAAAUGUCCCCGCUUGUUUAUCAGGUCUGCUAUCGAUGAAAGAUACCCCACGUUCUUUCCAGUUCCGGUUUAUGGAGCAAAUUCUGGAUAUUUCCGGGGCUGCAGGACAUAUUGACUGUACCUGCGCAAAGAAACUUAUCCAGCCCAUAUUUGACUCUUACCGAAAUGUCUAUGAUGCGUGUCAGAGUGUUAUUGCUAAUACCUCGAACCUUCGGGAGGGAUAUGACUUGAUUCUUUCAAGAAGAGCGGAGUUUCUACAUGGGAAGGGAUUCCCGUUGUUGAAUGUCGACGAUUUGGAUCAUCGUGCAUUGGUGCGACUACUCUGCAUGGGCAAUGUCACGACCCGUGAAACAGCGAACAUGUUUAAAGACACGUGGGACUUGUUGGAGACUUCUGUUAGAGAUAAGCUGGAAUAUGCACUCAAUCUCGAUGGCGUGAGUGGGAGACCUGCAGUUCAACCCACUUAUAUGCCUGCUUUUCUUAGCCAGAUCGGAGACAAGGAAUCAUUGACGUGCGCUUGGCAAUACCUCGCACGCCUCAUGACUCUAGAAGAGUCUGUGGAUCUAUCGGUGCUGGUCAUUGAGCGGAGCGUGCUGUCGGUUAUGAAACAGUACGUUGAGACUGGGGAGUUUGAUAAAGACCCUACUAUUUUAGAGAGCAUCGAUGUACCCGAAGGAGUCGUUGCAUUAACGACAGCGAUUGUUUGA